UCACUUGUAUACAUAUGACAUGUCUACUAGGGUUUCCGUACAAAACCCUCACACUCAGUUUCUCACUUUCUAAUUUCUAGAUUCGUCGUCCAAGUUCCUUUCUUCUUGCGUCUGUUCUGUUAAGUUAGGGUUUUUCUUUUCUUCGGGUCACUACAAUUCAAUGGCGGCAGCACCUGCGAUGGUCGCUCAGCCCAGCGCCUCCUCCAAGACUGAAUCCUAUAUCGACAACAAGCGAAAGGAGGACAUUCGUCAAGCCAACAUCUUGGCAGCGCGUGCGGUGGCCGACGCGGUGCGGACUAGUCUUGGGCCCAAGGGUAUGGACAAGAUGAUCUCCACUUCCAACGGCGAGGUCAUCAUCACCAACGACGGUGCCACCAUCCUCAACAAGAUGGAGGUUCUUCAGCCCGCUGCGAAGAUGCUCGUCGAGCUAUCUAAAUCUCAGGACGCCACUGCUGGCGAUGGUACCACCACCGUAGUUGUCAUUGCCGGUGCCUUCCUUAAAGAGUGCUUCACUCUCCUUUCCCACGGAAUUCACCCCACUGUCAUCUCAGAUUCGCUCCACAAGGCGGCUACGAAGGCCGUGGAUGUGCUUACUGCAAUGGCUGUACCCGUUGAGCUCUCCGAUCGUGAAUCGUUGGUUAAGUCUGCUAGCACUUCGUUGAACAGCAAGGUAGUUAGUCAGUACUCUACGCUUCUGGCUCCGCUUGCUGUGGACGCUGUUCUAUCUGUGGUGGACCCUGAAAAGCCUGAUUUGGUGGAUCUGCGGGACAUCAAAAUCGUGAAGAAGCUGGGUGGCACUGUGGACGAUACCGAGCUAGUUAAAGGGCUGGUUUUUGAUAAGAAGGCUAGUCAUGCUGCUGGUGGGCCGACCCGCAUGGAGAAUGCCAAGAUUGCUGUGAUUCAGUUCCAGAUUUCUCCCCCCAAGACCGAUAUUGAACAGAGCAUAAUUGUUUCUGAUUAUACCCAGAUGGAUAGGAUAUUGAAGGAGGAAAGGAAUUACAUUUUGGGGAUGAUUAAGAAGAUUAAGACAACCGGAUGUAAUGUCUUGUUGAUUCAGAAGAGUAUUUUGAGGGAUGCAGUGACUGAUUUGUCGCUACAUUAUUUGGCUAAAGCAAAGAUCUUGGUCGUUAAGGAUGUGGAGCGUGAUGAGAUUGAGUUUAUUACUAAAACUUUGAACUGCUUACCUAUUGCCAAUAUUGAGCAUUUCCGUGCUGAGAAGCUUGGGCAUGCUGAUCUUGUUGAGGAGGUUUCUCUGGGAGAUGGGAAGAUUGUGAAGAUAACUGGGAUUAAGGAUAUGGGAAGGACUACUACAGUGCUUGUCCGUGGGUCAAACCAGUUGGUUCUUGAUGAGGCAGAACGGAGCUUGCAUGAUGCUUUGUGUGUAGUUAGGUGUUUGGUGAACAAAAGGUUUUUGAUUGCAGGUGGUGGUGCCCCAGAGAUUGAGCUGUCGAGGCAGCUUGGUGCAUGGGCAAAGGUGUUGCACGGAAUGGAGGGGUACUGUGUUAGAUCAUUUGCAGAGGCGCUUGAGGUUAUUCCCUAUACUCUGGCUGAAAAUGCUGGUUUGAACCCCAUAGCCAUUGUUACUGAGCUGAGGAACCGGCAUGCACAAGGAGAGAUCAAUGCUGGUAUCAAUGUGAGGAAGGGUCAGAUCACAAACAUCUUGGAGGAGAACGUUGUGCAGCCCUUGCUUGUGAGCACAAGUGCUAUUACACUGGCAACAGAGUGUGUGCGGAUGAUUUUGAAGAUCGAUGACAUCGUUACCGUGAGGUAGCUUUGAAAUUGAAGCGUGAAACCUAUGUUGUGUUUCAGUUAUCUUCUGUCUCUGUUUGUACUACAUGGGAUAGUGGUCUAUGUGGUUAGGCUUGGUUAAGGAAUUUUGUUGCUGCUGCAUCUGUUGACAAGUUUUUACUUUGAAUUUGAGUAUUGCAUGGUGUUUAGAGCUCUAUUAAUGUUGACUUAUUUAUAUACGUUUCCUGGAAGUAUCCAGUUAUGCAGCUGUCUUCUGUGUUAAAUACACUGUAUUAGCAACACUAGUUGGGCAUGUGAGAAGCUCUCAUUA